AUCGCAUCUGAGAUGCUUGAUCGACUGAAACGGACACUUGGUUUAGGUGAUAGUGAUGUGCCAUCUGAACCCACCUUACCAACAACCCAGCCGCAAAAUGGAAGUAAUAGUGACCAACUGGCAGAUGAUGAUUUCACUGUAAUCUCAUCGUUAUCAUGGGACUUACGAGUUCAAUGUUUUAUUGGUAUGUUCUUCUUGUCGAUAUUGUGCUCGGUAUUGGGGAGUGCAUUGUUAUUCACAAGACGAGUGACUGGAUUUUGUGUGAUGGUAUCGUUGGGUGGGGUUCUGUCGUUACUCGGAACUUGUUUUCUGAUGGGUCCUCUCAAGCAGCUGCAAAAGAUGUUCGAACGAGGUCGUUUCAUUGCAAGUUUUCUGUAUUUGGGUACAAUUGCUAUGACACUAGUUGCUGGAUUGGUGCUAGCGAAUGCUCCGUUGGCACUUUUGUUUGUGGUACUUCAAUACGUUGCGAUGGCAUGGUACUCCAUAUCAUACAUACCGUUCGCGAGGUUACUAUUGAACAAUUUCACUCUCAAAUUUUCACCUGUUAACAAUGUCGCUGGUUUCGUUGAGGAACUUUGGCUAGGGAUUAUUUCAAAUGAAUUGAAUUCAAAAGGGAUUUCAUUGCAAAUUUAUGCUGUAAAUGUUUUUGAAAAACUGUGA